CGUCGCCCCCCGCCGCGCCGCGCGCUGCCGCCAGCGCGGCGGGCGCGGCGCCGCUGCCGGCCGCUGCGCCGGUGCCGGACGCGCGGGCGCUCAAGCCCUUAGACUUAGAGCUUCUGGCAAACAGCCUGGUGGAGCGCUACUUUGAGACUAUAUCGGCAGCAAUGGAUGCCAAGGAAAAUGCGACGGCAGAGGCGGCGGCGCUGGCACGUAUCCGCUCGCUCAUGGACCCAGCUUACCAGAUCAUGCGCGCGGACGGCAGCAGAGACACCAAGGCGCGUCGCCGCAGCCGCCCCCGAUCGCAAGGGGCGCGGCAUGCGGAGCACAUGUGUAUGCAUGCGAGCGCGACAUACACUCCACCUGAUCUGGGGAACUUCAUCAUCGACGAUUUGAACGUGACAGCUCCCGCCUCGAACGUGAUCGUGGUGCGAUACACGCUGGAGGCGCCCGGGGAGGCCCAGUUUGGGAAGCUGCUGAGCAGCCACCCGCAGCCGCGGAUCAGCGUUUUCCAGUGGGACCCUAUUGAGAAAGACUGGAAGAUCAUCAGGUGA